AUGGAUAUUUCUUUUGGAAACAUAUCACUCUGGAACUUCACACUUUCUGAUUCUGUCGUUGCAGAAGCAAUAGUUCUUCCAUACUAUGGACACGUUUUGGACGAAUUCAGGAUUGCUUACGCAUCAGUGCAUGGUUACCUCAGUUUGGCAUGCUGCAUUUUUGGAAUAACGUCAAAUAUUUUAAUUAUUAUAGUUUUGACAAGAAAGAAUAUGAUUUCUCCAACGAAUACAAUCCUAAUAGGCUUAGCAGUAUCUGACGUGCUUGUGAUGUUUUCAUACAUACCUUUUGCAUACCAUAACUAUAUUAGAAAAGGACUAGAAGAUAAGCAUAAGUUUGCUUAUAGUUGGGCAGUAUUCACUUUAUUACAUCAACAUUUCACUAUUGUAUGUCACAAUAUUUCCACUUGGCUGACUGUAACUCUCGCCAUUUGGCGAUUUUUAGCUAUAACGUUGCCUAACCACGCUGUAGUUUGGUGUAGUAUGAGCAGGGCCAUAUUAGCGAUCGCAAUCACUUAUGUUAUGUGCUCAUUAUUUGCAAUUCCAGCAUAUUUUAACUUCGAAAUAUACCAAUACAGAGACGAAGCGAAUGACUUUAUCUACCAGGUAGAUUUCAGCAAGAUAUCUCAUGAGCAUAACAAAUUGCUUCAGAAAGUGACAUUUUGGACUUACAGCGUCUUGAUGAAGCUUGUUCCGUGUGUUUUGCUCACUGGCAUCAGUUUCGGACUCAUAAAAGUCCUAUAUGAAAGAAACCAACGCCGCCAUCGUCUCAUGAGAAGACCUGACUCUGAAAGUAACCAUGACAACACGACGCGAAUGCUGUUGGUUGUGCUACUGCUAUUCCUGAUUACUGAAUUUCCAUCAGGACUUUUAGCACUGCUGACAGGCAUUUUGGGUUCUGAAUUUUAUGAAAAUGUGUAUUUCAAUUUCGGUGAAGUAAUGGAUUCUCUCGCCUUGGUAAAUAACGCCAUUAACUUUAUUAUAUACUGCGUCAUGAGUCGAGAUUUCAGGAGCGCAUUUGCCAGUCUGUUUCUGUCCAGGAUGUUAACAGUAACGCCAAAUGUAAGUAGCGCUCAAACUGUUUGAAUAAAUCCGACAAUUAACUCAUAGUGUAUUUAAAUCCGAUGGGAAAUCCAUUGGAUUUAAAAUCUGGACUCUUAAAAAAGUGUAGCCAAUCAUAUCAGUUUCGAUUUGCUUCGAUGGCAGAAAAUGUUUUCUUACUUUAGCAUACUAUCAUUUGCCUAUUCUGUUUCUGGUGUGUUUUGUGUACGUCGAGUAUAUAAAUACUGAAAAUACAGAGCAGAUGAAUUCUAUUUUAUUCGCAUGUUUAAUACGUUAAACACUAUGUUCACAAAAUAAUUUAAAGUAUAGUCUUAACACGUACAUUUGAAAAAAAUAAACGUGGUGUUUAAUGCCUUAAACAAUUGAAUAUCCAAUUUUAAGAAGUUUAAACGCGAUGCCAAAGAUUGUGUUUAAAGACAUUGUGUACUGUGCAACUUGAAGAAAUAAUUUUGUAACUUAGUAUUUAUUUCUGUAUGUUCUUUUUGGGGCUCUUUAUUAAUUAUUUGAAUUUAAAAUAAGUAAAAACUCAAAUAAUUUAUUUUUUUACUUCAAGUAGUGUGUUAAUGUAGUACGACAUUGUCUAAUUUACGAUGAAAUAGAAUAUAGCAAGUAAUGAAUGUAUUUAAUGUGGAUGUCAUAAAGCUCAAAAUCGUAUGUUAACAAUAUGAUUAUCUUAGCUAUGUAAAAAAGCAUACAUAAGCAUAUAAAUGAUAAAAAAAGGAGAUUUAGAGAAAAUCACUAUGUUUUAUUUGUAAAAAUAUUGUAUUAAUUUAGAAAAACAUUUUAAUAAUUUCUACAAUCAAUUUAAUA